AUGCUGAAAGAAGAGAACGUUAAGGCCAUCAAGAUAACAAGAUUAUACGAACCUUCGAUCCCUGCACAGAAAUUCCUCGCUACAACAAAUCGUGAAGACGAUGUAGGGGAGGAUAUUGCCGAAGACGAUGCAGGAGAAGAUAUCGCUGAAGACUUCGUCGAAGAUGAUAUACUAUCAAGAGAAAAUGAGGACGAAGACUUCAGCAACGAAAAAGACUGGAGAAGCGAAGUCUAUCUUUUCCUCAAAGAGGGAACACUGCCCAUAGACUUGAAUCAAGCUCGUAAAGUGCAAUCAAAGGCAGGUAGAUACAAUCUUCAUGACAGAUUCUUAUAUAAGAAGUCAUUCCUCGGACCCCUACUACGCUGCUUAUCCAUAGAAGAAGGCCAUCGUAUCUUGAAGGACAUCCAUUACGGAGAUGCAAGCAACCACAGCGGGAUGAGGUCAUCGGCCGACAAAGCCAAGAUGCAAGGGUUUUGCGUUCCCGCAGAAAUUGUUUCGGACAAUGGCAAGCAGCUACAAGGAAAGAACAUUGACUUGCUCUUCGAUACAUUCAAGAUCAGGAAGAAGAACAAGUUCACUCCCAUCUACCCACAGAGUAAUGGACAGGCCGAGGCCAUGAACAAAACCAUUGCCCUUAUUCUCAAGAAAACACUAGACGAGCAUAAAGGCCGAUGGUGUGAGCAACUACAUAAUACCCUGCGGUCAUACUUGUAG